GUCUGCCCGCCGCCUUUGGAUCUGAAAAGCUCCUUUUGCAACCGCCUUUGGAUCGGUGCUGGUCGUUUGGCAACGCGCAUCCCUCCUACCACCUCGUGGUCCAUGUGAGUUUAGCAGAAGGGAGACCCGGCCGGCAGCGCACCUUCAUCCUUGUGAAAAGUUCUCUGCAGGAUCCUCGUCCGGGACUUUUGUAGGAGCCGCCCUCGUUGCCUUCUAGCUCGGUCGGUAGGGUAGAGACGGGCCGAAGCUCCCGUCUGCCAUGGGAUGAUGGAUGCCCCGUGUGACUACAGCUACUGCUCCCUGGCUGCAAGCAUGAAGGACGUGGAGCCCGGAGACGCGCUGGGCUCCUUCUUCUCCAGCUUCCUCGAGGAGAGGCUGUCGAGCAACCGGAGCAACGCGUCCCUGCAGGAGCUUUGGAGGAGCCUCGUCCACCUGGAGCGAGCCGAUGGGCCGCAAGGGAGCGGCUCGCUUGUCCUGAGGGUCUUCAUCUCCAUCAUCUACUCCGUGGUGUGUGCCCUGGGGCUAGUGGGGAACCUCCUCGUGCUCUACCUGAUGAAAAGCAAGCAAGGCUGGAACAAGUCCUCCAUCAACCUCUUUGUGACCUGCCUGGCCGCCACUGACUUCCAGUUUGUGCUGACCCUGCCCUUCUGGGCGGUGGAGAACGCCUUGGACUUCACCUGGCUCUUUGGCAACGCCAUGUGCAAGAUCCUCUCCUACGUGACCACGGUGAGCAUGUAUGCCAGCGUCUUCUUCCUCACAGCCAUGAGCGUGGCCCGCUACCACUCAGUGGCCUCUGCCCUGAAGAGCAAAAGGCCCGGCGGACUUUGUGGGGGAUGCACUUCGGCCAAGUGGCUGUGCUUCCUCAUCUGGCUGGUGGCCAUCCUGGCUUCCCUGCCCACUGGCAUCUACUCCACCACCUCCACCAUCUACACGGAGGAGGAGUUCUGCCUGGUCAAGUUCCCUGACAGCCAAGGCAACAAUACCCCCUUCUGGCUGGGGCUGUACCAUGCCCAGAAGGUGCUGCUGGGCUUCCUCUUGCCCCUGGGCAUCAUCACCCUCUGCUACUUGUUGCUGGUGCGCUUCAUCAGUGACAGGCACAUGGGCUCCAGCUCCUGCGGUCCCAGCACCAAGCGCCGGUCCAAGGUGACGAAAUCGGUGACCAUUGUGGUGCUCUCCUUCUUCCUUUGCUGGCUUCCCAACCAGGCGCUCACCAUCUGGGGCAUUUUCAUCAAGCUCAACGUGCUGCCCUUCAGCAAUGCCUACUUCUUCUCCCAGACCUACCUGUUCCCCGUCACCAUCUGCCUGGCCUACUCCAACAGCUGCCUCAACCCCAUCUUCUACUGCCUCAUGCGCAGGGAGUUCCGCAAGGCCCUCAAGAGGUUGCUGUGGAGGAUCACUUCGCCUUCGCUCACGGCCAUGCGCCCCUUCACUGCCACCACCAAACCUGAGCAUGAGGAGCAAGCCUUGCACACCCUGAUGCCCAUUGACCCCAGGGCUGUUUCUGCUGCUCCAGCUGCUCCUGCAGCAGUCAGCUUGCCUGACAUCAUCUCAUAUCCCCCCGGGGUGGUGGUCUACAGUAGCCGCUCUGACUUCUUGCCCACCACCACGUCGGCUGAACUGCAUUUAUAAGCUUAAGGGGCUGAGUGAGACCGUGGAUCUCCAGGGUCAACAAGUCAGGGUCUGUGUUGGAGCGCACCCCAUCUUGGUGGAGUGGGGGAGCCAAGCAAUGUGCUCCUUGGAUUGUUCCAUUCCCAAAGGGGGGAGGGAAAUGUGUAAAAAA